UCGAAGUUGAUUGCUUUCAAGGCUGGAUGAAUAUUUCUGGCAGCGGAAUUCUGGGAGAAGAAACAUACAUUAGCUGUAGUUAUCUCCCUGUACCCCACGAAGUCGUCUCUUUUCUUUAUAUCUGGCCGCACUCAGUUAUGAGAGGCUCUGAGUUUUACUUUAUGAUUACGGAAGAAAAUGUCAUCUAUCUGGGAGCCAGCCACCAUGACCGACUUUCCGUGACUGUUAACAGAACUAGUGUUGUCGGGACGACUAGCAUUGCGAAGACGGCCACCAUGAAGAUAGCCGAUCUGCAGUGCUCCGAUGAGCAGAAUUAUGGGUGUGCUUUUCAUUACAGAGCUCCUCGUGAAAUUUCAGUUACCACGUUCAUGAUUUCAGAAAGGCUAAUUAUCAAAGCGCGACCUUCGCCUCCAGUUGUUACCUUGGAAACCUCGAACACACAACUCCAGCAAGAAAACGUCCACUUGUCCGAGAGGUCCACAGUCGUGGCCCGAUGCAAGGCUAAUGUGGGCCGGCCAGAGAGAGGAAGCAUCGGUUGGAGAGUUGUUCGUCAAAAUGUUAUAGAAAACAUUGCAGAGUCCGACAACAGAGUGGCCACAGUGUCAGAUGUUCUGUCAGAAACAAUCAACUGUACCCUGGAAGUGGAGCAAACCCUGACGCUGACGGUCACAAAGCAGGACCUUAACGUGUCGAUUGUCUGCUUCGUGAACAACUCUGACUUCCCCAUCAAAGACAUUACUGUGAGCUGCCGAAAUGGAUCGUCGCAGCUGUGUGGUCAAACCCAGGCGUUUUCCAUCUUGUUUGGUGAGGGCCAAGACGGCACGUCGACUCUGCUAAUGGGAGGCAUUGUACUUGUUGCUGGCUUCCUAACCGCGGUGCUUGUUGAUAUCAUUUACCAUUACGUCUGCAAAAAAAAACCGCCACCAGCGCCGCCACGGAAGAGUGCACCAGCGCCGCCACCAAAGAGUCCACCAAAAGACAAACAAGAACCACCAGAAGAGGCUGGCUCAGAGGUAUAUGAAGAAAUUGAGUCCAUCACAGAAGAAGAGGUUAACUCCGAAGGCGGUUCAGUAGUUUAA